GCUCUUUUUCAGUGCUGUCUGCAUCUGGACAUUACAAAUACAAAAUGUCUGGCAGACUGUGGUGUAAAGCGACCUUUGCUGGCUACAAGAGAGGCCUCAGGAAUCAACGGGAACACACAGCCCUGCUGAAAAUUGAAGGGGUCUAUGCUCGAGAUGAGACAGAUUUCUACUUGGGCAAGAGAUGUGCCUACGUCUACAAAGCAAAAAAUAACACGGUGACCCCAGGCGGUAAGCCUAAUAAAACUCGUGUGAUCUGGGGGAAGGUGAUAAGAGCUCAUGGCAACAGUGGCAUGGUCCGUGCUAAGUUCCGUUCCAACCUGCCUGCCAAAGCAAUUGGACAAAGAAUACGUGUGAUGCUAUACCCUUCAAGGAUCUAAAUGAUGUGUAAAAAUAAAAAAACAUUCUGGAUCUCUUA